UUUCUUCUGCUGCUCUUUAAUUGAUAUGCAGAGUAUUACGGCGCUAUUUGUAACGGAUAUCAGUGUGCCGGAAAUUGUUGAUUUUCGGGACAAUGUGACGCUAUCCUGUAGCUACGAUAUGAGUGGGCACACCUUGAACUCCGUCAAAUGGUACAAGGAUCGAUUGGAGUUUUUUAGAUAUACGCCACUAAUGCGUCCGGUGUAUAUAACAUUUCCCGUUGCCGGGAUUCAAGUGCUCGAUGGCAAGUACUUUUGCAACGAGUCCACGUGCCGCGUCGAUCUGAGUUUGCUGGGCGCCAAAUCCACGGGCAACUUCAAGUGCGAGGUGAGCGGAGAUGCGCCGCACUUUAAGCUGGCAGCAAAGGAGGACAACAUGACGGUGGCAGCCUUACCACAAAGUGACCCCCUAAUCGAAGGCUUCAACUCGAUGUAUCGCAUGGAGGAGUUUCUCAGUGCCACUUGCGCCUCGGACUACUCCAGUCUGGCCACAAAGCUCACUUGGUACAUCAAUGGCGAGCAGCCCAUGUUGGGGGAGCUUCAGCCGACCAUAGAUACAAGCAUACCCGCCCACGAUUACAUAUUGCGCCGGCAGCGACUCCAGGUGCACUUCUACCUGCAGGGACAUCGCUUCUACCUGGUUAGCAAGAUACUCGAGCUGAAGUGUGUGGCGGAAAUCGAGAACUACCCGGAGCUGCGGCGUGAGACGACCCUCAGUGCAUCCCUUACGCAAUUCGAUAAUUUGAACAAUCAAAUGUUGCGGCAUGCUGUUACAAACUCGGCGGCAUUCGAAUGCAGAAGUUGCUCAUGGAAACGGACCUGUCUAGUAUCGAGUCUCUUUGUGAUAAUUCUGCUCACAAGGUGUUCGCAUCAAUCAUGAGCAUUUACACCAGCCACGGAAUUGCCUCAGCGUCGCCGUACUUUGGCAACUAUAUCAACCAAUUAGUUAGUUAGUUAUUUGAAAAUCCUCCUAACGAUGUUUAAUACCAUGAUGCAACAAUGAGUAGCGGAGGUGAUGGGGGAGGGAAUAAGUUAGUAUGAUUGACACGUGUACAUACGUCUGAAGAAGAGAGUGCAACAAUGUGAGAGCCAAAAGAUAUAAUAUAAUUUCUCAAGUGCACACUAAAUACAUAUAAAUACCUUAUAAUGAGCAUAUUAAGUGUAUAAUAGAGUUCAAAUCGAAACAGGAAAUCUAUUAGUCAAGUCAA